AUGAACUCUCGCAAGCUCACUCUGGUCUCCACCGCCACCGUCUUUGGCGCUCUAGCGCCAGCAGCCUCCCAAACUCAAUUCCUCGCAAAACGGCAUCGUUCUAAGAAAUGCUCAUCUCAGAGCCCCUUUGAGCCCUCAAAACGCAAAGGAUAUUUGACAUGGGAUGAUUACUUUAUGGCGAUUGCCUUUUUGUCAGCUGAAAGAUCCGAAGAUCCCAACAGGCAGGUUGGAGCAUGCUUGGUGAGUCAAUGUGGUAUAAUACUAGGUGAGAAUGAGAUUGUUUCGCAGGAACUAUGA